AUGCUGCCCGCUCUGCGAAACCGAAGUGUGCUCUCAGCCGCCGCUCGGCUGCACGCCGGCCCCGCCUCGCGUCGCACCUUCGCCCAGGUCUCGGACGCCACCCCGGUCAAGUCUGCUGUCGAAGUCGAGCCUUAUCUGCUGGAGGAGCACCCCUCCUACCUCGCCAAUGACAAGGAGGCCAUCUCGAAGCUCCCUCCCUUUGUCAUCUCUCGCGAGCGCGGAUUCCUCCCUCGCGAGGACCCGUUGGUCGAUCUGCCACCCGCGUUCUCCGGGCUCGAUUCGCUGCUCAAGCGCAUGACGAUCCACCAGCCCGCCGACGCCUCUGGCCACCGCGCAACGGGUCUGCUCGGCAAGGGCGAGUUCGGUGAUGCCGUUCUCGACGAGCUCUCCCCUACUGGUCCGGAAGCCAAGGCGGUGGACGCAGCCAUCGAGGCGGGUAACUCUCACCUCCUAGCCGCGCUCUUCAGAGACUACUGCUUCGCCACUUCCGCCUACCUCCUCGAGCCCGUGGAUCGCUCCUUCCGUCAAACGGGACUGUACACCCAAGGCCGUGAUGUGUUGCCCGCUCAACUGGCAGUACCGCUCAAAAAACUCGCCGACAAACUCGGUCACUUCCCCUACAUGGAGUACGCCUCCUCCUACGCACUCGUCAACUAUCGCUUCAAGGACCUCCACCACCAGGGUCCCGCCGGUCGAUACAGCUUCGACAACAUGGACCUGAUCCGUUCCUUCGAAGACGCUUCGGGUUCCGAACGCGGAUUCAUCCUCGUCCAUGUCGAGAUGGUUUCGUACACCGGUCAGCUGGUUUCUGCUACUGAAGACGCCCUUCGAGCAGUCAACGCGGCAGACUCAGUCGCAUUCGAGGAUGCGCUGGAACGGCUGCUCGUCGUCUACCGAAAAAUCAAUGCUUCGAUGGAAACCAUGUGGUCCCGUUCCUUGCCCGCGGACUAUCUCAAGUAUCGCAGCUUCAUCUUCGGUACGGGUCCCAAGAAGAUGAAUGCCAUGUUCCCCAACGGUGUCACCUACGAGGGGGUGUCCGAUGAACCUCAGUUCUACCGUGGUGAAAGUGGUGCGAAUGAUAGCAUCAUCCCCACGCUGGAUAAUUUGUUGGAGAUCACGGCGCAUAUGCCGAACAACGAUCUGACCAAGACGCUGCGCGACUUCCGUUCGUACCGCCCGCGCAACCAGCGGGAGUUCCUAGCGCAGCUCGAGGCAAGGGCCACCCUCGCUGGCGUGAGGAACUUCGCCAUGGGCAGCAGUGCCAGGUCGAAAGCGUUGUAUGUUCUGCUGGUGGAUCAGGUGCGAGAGUUCAGAAACCGACACUGGAUGUUUACCAAGAGCUACAUCAUCCAACGCUCCACCUACGAUAUUGCCACGGGAGGCAGUCCGAUUCUGCAGUACCUGCCGAGCAACUUGGGGACGGUGUUGAAGGUGCUCGAGGAGAGCUGUGGAGAGUUUACCGGCGAGGAUGCCCGGGCUCUGGGCGAUGGAAAGAACAAGCAGGCGAGGAUUGGAGAUGCGGAGCUGCUGGAGGAGGUGUUGGCUGCGGGCAAGCGGGCCAAGGUGCAGCGAAGGGUGCUGGAGAGGGAGGUGGCCGAGUUGGUGAGGGAGAAGGAGGAGAGGGUGCGCGUAUUGGGUGAUGCCGAGAAGGGAAGGGGGAUGUUGGGUGAGCAGCGGGGUAUGAAGAGGGGUGCGGUUGGUUGCGACGGUGUCGGUUGA